AUGGCUGAUAAUAGAACCUUAAGGCAGUUAGCUGCUCCUGAUGUGAAUUACAAUGGUGAAGAUCCACAUAGACAUCUCAAAGAAUUCCAGGUUGUAUGCUCUACACCGUUGAGGCCUGAAGGAAUAACUGAAGACCAUAUCAAACUUCGGGCUUUUCCUUUUUCAUUGCAGGGUGCAGCAAAGGAUUGGAUUUAUUAUCUCGAGCCAAACUCAAUUGCAAGUUGGACUGCCCUGAAAAAAGUGUUCUUAGAGAGAUACUUUCCUGCCUCCAGAGCUGCCUCAAUAAGAAAGGAGAUUUGUGGUAUUAGACAAGGUAAUGAGUCGUUGACCGAGUAUUGGGAGAGAUUCAAGCACUUGGUAUCUAGCUGCCCUCAACACCAGAUCACAGAGCAACUACUCAUCCAGUACUUUUAUGAGGGGUUGUUACCGAUGGACAGGAAUAUUCUUGAUGCUGCUAGUGGUGGAGCACUAGUCGAUAAAACUCCAGCUGCUGCCAAAACACUUAUUGAAAAUAUGUCUCUUAAUUCUCAACAGUUCACUACUAGAGACAAUUCUGUUCACAGCAAAGGCGUGAGUCAAAUUCAAGUUUCUUCCAAUAAGGCUUUAGAGACCAGAAUUGACGAACUCACCACCUUAGUCAAACAGCUGGCAGUAGCAAAACCUCAAACAACAACUUUGUGUGGCAUUUGUACUUCUCCUGAGCACCCGACCGAUACUUGUCCUAUUCUAAGAGACGAGUCCAUUACUGAGCUGCCACAAGCUUAUGCAGCCAACCUUUACAAUCAAAACAGCCAACAACAGAACUCACCUCAAGUGGCUGCCCCUGCACCUUCCGGACCAUCCUUAGAGGAUCUUGUUAAGCAAAUGGCCGUGAACAACCUCCAGUUCCAACAAAGGACCGAUGCCAGCAUUCAGACCUUGAACACACAAAUGGGACAGUUUGCUACUCAAAUAAAUAACAUGCAAGCUCAAGGUUCGAACCAACUUCCAGCCCAGACAGUUGUCAAUCCGAAUGGUCCUAAUGCUAAUGUGAGCGCAAUUUCUUUGAGAUCCGGAAAAGUUACAGAACCAGCCCCUGAAAAAAAUAAAAAAAUCAUUGAGAUUCCUAAGUAUGCAAAGUUUCUGAAAGAUUUGUGUACCAACAAGAGGAGGAUUAAGGGAAGUGAAAGAGUAAACUUAGGACGAAAUAUUUCUGCCUUUAUUCAGCCCAAACAAUCAUCCAAACAGAUUGUAGGCGAGCAAAAUGUUUCAGCCCUCACUACUCAGCAUACAAGUUUAAUCAUUCAAUUGGCAAACAGGAGCAACGCUCGACCCGCCGGGGUAGUCGAAGAUGUUCUUGUUCAAGUUAACGAUUUGAUUUUUCCUGCAAAUUUCUAUAUUCUAGACAUGGAAGGAGAAACCAAGGAGCAUUCCGUUUUUCAUAUUGAGCUGAUUUCUGAAUUAGUUGAUGACUCUAGUUCUGAACUAUUUGCGCUUGAUUUUCCAUCUCUCUCUGGUUUUGAUGAUAUUUAUUCAUGUUCUGAUUGUACUGACACUAACGUUUGUGUUGUCUAUGCUGAGAUUGAUGCUGCCUUACAGGCUGAUACAUUUCCUACAGGUGAAGUUGUUACCAAUAAACCUGUUUUUGCAGUUGAUGCUCUUGCAUUCUCGGCUGCCCCAAGCACUCCAUCCACCGAGCAGCCCCCGUCCUUAGAGCUAAAAGAGCUCCAUGAGAACCUGAAAUAUGCUUACUUGGAGAGUAAUGAGAAACUCCCUGCUAUAGAUUACUUUGAGUAG